AUGAAGUGUACCACUGCUCUUUUGGCAUUCGCUGCCCACGCCGCUGCCGUCAGCGUAUCUGGUUCCGCCGAAGGUUUCGCUGAGGGUGUCACUGGUGGUGGUGAUGCUAACCCUGUCUACCCUACUACCACCGACGAGCUGGUCUCGUACCUCGGUGAUAGCGAGGCUCGCGUGAUUGUUCUUGAUAAGACUUUUGAUUUCACUGGCACUGAGGGUACCACUACCGCAACUGGUUGCGCGCCAUGGGGUACUGCUUCCGGCUGCCAGGUCGCUAUUAACCAGGAUGACUGGUGCACCAACUAUGAGCCCGAUGCGCCUGAUGUUUCUGUUACUUACGAUAACGCUGGUAUCCUGGGUAUCACUGUCACCUCUGACAAGACCCUUAUUGGUGAGGGCUCUGCCGGUAUCAUCAAGGGCAAGGGUCUUCGCAUUGUUUCUGGUGCUGAGAACAUCAUUAUCCAGAACAUUGCUAUCACUGAUAUCAACGCCGAGUACGUUUGGGGUGGUGACGCUAUUACCCUGGAUGAAACCGACCUGGUUUGGAUUGAUCACGUCACUACCGCUCGUAUCGGUCGUCAGCAUUACGUGCUGGGCACCUCCGCUGACAACCGCGUCUCUAUCACCAACAACUACAUCGACGGUGUGACCGACUACUCUGCUACUUGCGAUGGAUACACAUACUGGGGUAUCUACCUGGAUGGUGAUGGAGAUCUGGUCACCCUGAAGGGUAACUACAUCUACCACACUAGCGGUCGUAGCCCCAAGGUCCAGGGUAACACUCUGCUCCACGCUGUCAACAACUACUGGUACGACAACAGCGGUCACGCUUUCGAGAUCGGCACCGGUGGCUACGUUCUGGCCGAGGGUAAUGUUUUCCAGAACAUUGAUACUGUCGUUGAGUCGCCUAUCGAUGGUCAACUCUUCACCUCCCCCUCCACCUCUACCAAUGAGAUCUGUGCUACCUACCUCGGCCGUGACUGUGUUAUCAACGGAUUUGGUUCCUCUGGUACCUUUGAUCAGGCCGAUGAGAGUUUCUUGGUUGACUUUGAGGGCAAGAACAUUGCCUCUGCUUCUGCCUACACUUCCGUUGCUGCUAGCGUUGAGGCCAACGCUGGACAGGGUAACCUGUAA